AUGGGCUGUCUUAACUUCACCAGCGGAAAUGAGACUUUGCCUGGCAGGCAUCCAUACACUGCGCAGACCUAUGUGCCUCUAACAAUCCUGGUGGGGAUCCUGAUCCUGCUAACCGUUUUUGGCAAUGUCAUGGUAGUGAUUGCUGUGAUUACAAGCCGAGCCUUGAGGGCACCUCAGAACUUGUUUUUAGUCUCUCUGGCAUGUGCAGACAUCCUGGUUUCCACCUUAGUGAUGCCUUUUUCUUUAGCGAAUGAACUGAUGGGUUACUGGUACUUUGGUAAAGUGUGGUGUGAAAUCUACCUUGCUUUGGAUGUGCUCUUCUGCACCUCAUCCAUUGUUCACCUGUGUGCCAUCAGCCUGGACAGAUACUGGUCCGUAACUCAAGCGAUUGAGUACAACCUGAGAAGGACACCAUGCAGGAUUAAAUGCACAAUCUUCAUAGUUUGGGUACUGGCGGCCAUCAUUUCAUUCCCUCCGCUUAUCACAAUGACAAAGGAUGAGGGUAAAGAGGACAGCCCUGAAUGUAAGAUUAAUGAGGAGAAAUGGUACAUUAUUUUCUCCAGCACUGCCUCCUUCUUUGCACCCUGCGUCAUCAUGAUUAUGGUGUAUGUUAGAAUCUACCAGAUUGCCAAGAAAAUAACAAGAGCCCCACCAGGUGAAAGACAAAGAGAAAAUGACACAAAGUGUGGUCUGGACCCCCUGGAGAGAAAAGACAAAGAAGGGAAGGAGGUGGAAGGGGGGGACGGCAGAGAGGUCAACGGGUUUGACAUGGAGGAAGAACCAUCCUCUUCUGAUGGGAAUGAAACCAUUCUGUGUUCCCUGAAGAAAAAGAAAGGUCUCAGGACAACCAAAGUGGCUCAGGUGAGACCUGGAGAGACAUCUCCAACACCAGAGGUGCAGCCUUGUGUAAGAGUGAGCAGGUGGAAAGGAAGGCAAUACAGAGAGAGGCGCUUCACAUUUGUUCUGGCUGUGGUCAUGGGAGUGUUUGUUCUCUGCUGGUUCCCCUUUUUCUUCACAUACACGCUGACUGCUGUGUGUGACACCUGCUGCGUCCCAGAGACAUUGUUCAAAAUGUUUUUCUGGUUUGGUUACUGCAAUAGCUCACUAAAUCCUGUUAUAUACACUAUAUUCAAUAAUGACUUCAGGAGGUCUUUUAAAAAGAUCCUUUGUAAAGUUGACAGAAGGGGCUUAUAA